CCCGAGGAUCGCUUGAAUUACCACAAAACCAUGGAUCCAUAAUUAUCCACCUCCAUGACCAAUGUCAACAUGGGGAAAAGACGAAAGUGACAGUUCCGUUCCGCCUGCUGCCCGACAAGAACACUAGCCAAAAAAAAAUGAUCAACUAGGCACUCCAACUGCUUCCAACAGAUGGCUGCACAUGUCCGUCAAUGUUUUGUUUUGGGUAAACCGAAAUGUGGCAGUAACAUAGCCGGUAUACAUAGAUCAUCUUCUAAGAUGACAUGGAUCCGAGUUCCCUCGUUUUCAUACCGCCAUGUCUUCACUUAUCCAGGAAACUGUGGCUGACUCCUUGCGUAUCUCAAACUUGUCCUUUCGGCAUCUUUUCUAUGUUUGUGGAGCGUAUUUUGUCUGCAGGGCGGUCUACUGGUUGAUUGUAUACCCGCGAUUUUUUUCGCCGUUGCGUCACCUUCCUGGGCCGCCCGUGGGUGAACCCAUCCUGGGCCAAGCCAGAAAGAUAUUCAGCACCCAGGUUGGAAUGGCGGCGCGAGAAUGGAUUAACGAUUAUGGUUCAAUCGUGCGGGCGGUGGGGCCAGUGGGUCUUGAACGUUUAAUCUUUAUAACUCCAGAGGGCCUCCACCAAAUAAUGUCCAGGCCCCUGGAUUGUCCUAGGCCUCUUUACCUCAGGAAUUUCUUCGAGCUUAUCACUGGUCGUGGGUUAUUGACCGUUAUGGGUGAUGAGCAUAAACAGAUGCGCCGAGUCAUGAACCCUGCAUUCUCUUUACAAAAUCUCAUGGCUCAAACGGAUAUGUACUACGAACCCAUCACAAAUCUUGUUAACAUAAUUUCUACCAAACUCGACAUUAACGGCGGAAAAGGAGUCGUCCUUCCUAUGUAUGAAUGGCUCAGCAAAGUCACUCUCGAUAUUAUUUGUGAGACGGCUUUCGGAUACCACGCGGACUCUUUAAACAACCCUCAUGAUGAGCUGGCCGAAGCAUAUGAGAGACUACUUAACCUUCAAACGGGCCAGAACAUGUUUCGCUUCGUGUUCGCCAUGACGCUUCCUGGCGGCCCGCGUUUUCUUUCAUCAGACUUCGCAUACAGAUAUCGCGCAUUCUUCGAAUAUACCAGGUUCUUCGCUCCCUUCACUGAGCUACUCGAUAGCAUGCAUCGAAUUCGCAAGAUCUCUCGACAAAUAUUGUCCGAGAAGGUGAAAGACUUGGAAGAAUCCGGUAUAUCCGCCAACGACAUGCAUGCGAAGAAGGACAUUAUGAGCCUCCUAAUGCGCGCCAGGGCGAGUGAGACGGGCCAGCGCGGGUAUGCUAUGAACGAUAAUAUCAUGGUUGACCAAGUGCUCACUUUCCUUGGCGCUGGACAUGAAACCACAGCGAGCGGCUUGACGUGGACGCUUUGGCUCUUGGCAAACAAUAAGGAGUAUCAAUCAAGACUGCGCGAAGAAGUUACCCCUGUGUUCCAGGAAAAUCCAAGGCCCGAUUAUCGAACCUUGAACGGACUUGAGUGGCUUGAUUGCGUAGUAAUGGAAAGUCUGCGCGUCAUGCCGCCGAUACCGACAACUGUAAGAAAGACCGCAACAACGGAUUAUAUUGACGGCGUCCUGGUACCAGAAGGAACGCUUCUGCAAAUUUGUAUUCGCCAGAUUAACACGUGGAAACAGGUUUGGGGAGAGGACGCUGAGGAAUUCCGACCUGAACGAUGGUUCAAUUUGCCCAAGGCAUAUAAUCCCUCGUACUCUCAUCUUUCCUUCAUUUCCGGACCUCAUUCCUGUAUUGGAAAGACUAUGGCUAUUAUCGAAAUGAAAGCUGUGUUGGCUUCAUUAAUCCUGAAUUUUGACUUCGAUCCGGCUUACCCUGGUCAAGAGGCCAAGCCUGCAUCUGCCAUCACCAUGAAGCCGACGGACCGCAUGCCCUUGACUGUUCGUCGCGCCUAAUCUAAUAACAGUCUUGAUAUAGACUUGCUUUCAUUUCCUCUUUUACUGGACUCGAUCUUCUUAGACAGGUCACCGGAGUUUAUUGGACACGCUUUCCUAGCGGUAUACAUACGUUCUUUACCUUUAUGUAUUCCUUUCGUCAGUACUAACAGAAGGUGUUCCCUAACGAUCACCCUUAUAAUUCACCGAACUGAAGCAUAUCCUCCAUCGACAGGGAAAAGCUGUCCCGUCAUGAAAUGCGAUGCAUCGCUCGCCAAAAAUACCAUGACCGGCGCAAGGUCUUUUGCCGUAUCUCCUAUCGAGCCCAAUGGGAACUGUUCCUUUAACAACUUAUCGUGCGCGGCCCGUUGUUCGGGCACCAUU